AAGUCAGAGUGCAUAAGUCCCAUGCCUUUUCCAUUUCGGAGCUGUAUAUGCAUAUCUGCGCUAUAAACAAUAUCAAAUAAAAGGUUUUGUGUAUCACAAGAGUUGCUGUCAUCGUAACACAACCAUGGGAGGACAAGCAAAGGCUAAAAAGAAAGGCAAACCUAAAAGAAAAGAGAACCGUAGAGGUCUAGAGAACACAGCAGUGUCACCACAGGACAGGAUGAAAGCCAGGAUGCAGGACAGAGCCAAAAAGAAGACGGCUGAAAAAUACACCAUCGAUCAGUUACUGGAAAAGACAGAAGAAUGUAUGGACAACUUUGACUUUCCAAUGGCAAAGAUGUUCUGUCAGCGUGCCCUGGACAUUGAACCUACCAACCUGACCGUUCUGGACAUGCUAGGAAACAUCUGUGCUGAGCUGGGGGACAUGGAUAAAGCCAAACAAAUAUUUCUGAAAGCAGUGGAACUGAGUCCAGAAGAAGGCCACACCAAAUACAUGUACCUGGGUCAGAUUCACACAGGCGCCGAGGCUGUGCAAUACUUCAGCAAAGGCACUGAAGUCAUGCUCAAAGCCAUAGACAAGCAAGUCCAAGAGGUUAGCAGUAUGGGAGCUGCUGCUUUACCUUCGGAGUCUCCCAUUACUGCAAAGGACGUGUCUGUGGCCUUCUGUUCCAUUGCCGAGAUCUUCUUCACUGACCUUUGUAUGGAGGAGGGAGCAGCCGAGCGGUGUAAGGAGGCUAUUGAGAAAGCGCUGCACUAUGACCAGAGCAACCCCGAAGCUCUGCAGUUAAUGGCUAGCUACCUCUUCAGCAUUGAGAAACCUGAGGAGGGCCGUGACUACCUGAUAAAGAGUGUGUCGUCAUGGUUACCGAGUCGACAGAAGGAGGAAGAGUCUUCAGCAAGCUCAGAGCAACCUGAUGAAGAUGACGAGGAAAGAGUGCAGAGUAAUAUCCCACCAUAUGAAUCCCGAAUUACAACAGCCAAACUACUGAUAGAAGUUGAGGAAUUUGAGAUGGCCACAGACGUGUUGGAGGGUCUGCUAGAGGAGGAUGAUGAGGUUGUACAGGUGUGGUAUUUGUUAGGAUGGUCGUAUUAUCUCCAGGUGGACAAACCCGGUAGUGCAGAAGACUCAGAAAGCUUGAAAAAAUCAGCCAGAAUCUACCUUACCAAAGCAAAAAAGCUCUACAUGAAGCUGCGUUGUGAGGAUGCGCCCAUGUUGGAGCACACUGAGCAGCUGUUAGGAGAACUUGGAGGAGAAUUGGUCGCUGAUGAUGAAGGGGAUGAAGCUGGACCCUCUAUUGACGACAUUGGGGAUGACUUCAUUCAGAGCAGUGAGGAUGAGGAAGAUGAUGAUGCCAUGGAGCACUGAAUGAUAAAUCUUUAAUUUGACUCCAGCCGAUGUUCUUCUGUUCCUUUUCUACUUUGUGCUCUGUUGUGACUGUUUUUAAAUCCUGGUUUUGGAGAUGGUUUUGUCAAAAAUCUAUCUGUCACUUCAUCUUCAAAGUUAAGAACAGAUGGCAAAGAAUAAAGGUGGAAAGAAUUAUCCAGACACACCUCAAGUUUCUGAAAAAAGGAGAACAAUAAAGGUGUUAUCAACUGUGCCAAAGCUGUCUAGAAGUUUUUUAGGUUGAUUAAUAAGUAUAUUGAUUAUGGAAUAAUUCAGUUAGACAACUACUUUACAAAAAUAUGACUAGGAAUGAAAACCUUUAGUAUUCAAGGCUGCGAUAACUUAAUUCCUUGCUCCCUGAAGGGUUCCUUCUCGUAUUCUCUGUCUCUCACACUUUUUAGUGACUUUGUUUUGUCUGAUGCAGUGCCUUUUAUAGUCAUAUAGUAGGGCACAAAACCCCUAGUGCAUAUGUUGCCUAGUAUUACAAAGAACAGCCUGCACUACUAUGACCGAUCUCAUAUUUGUACCAUUCAUUUUGGCAUUUCUCACCAAGUGGUGACUUUAAUAAUCAUUUUGUAAUCAUUAUUAUAGAUAUUUUCAUGGUGGGCUGUAUGUAAUGAGUCAGAAAUGCCGUCAGGGAUUAAAUAUUGCUUUUUAAAUCAAA